UAACGCUUAACGCUCUACGGACUAUAUUUUCGAUUCUUAUACAAGUCUAUAGGUUAGUUGUAAUCAGACGUGUUUUCUGUGUAUGGUUAAUGCUGCAUUAAUGUGCUAAAGCUGAACACAUGACUAACUGUUCGACAACGGGCGAAGAAAUUAAUUAAAUAUACACGAGUUCAACUCAGAUUUUAUUUUAAUCUACGAAGCUGGAUGUGUUACUCUUGGAGUCGCCACACUUCAGCUGAUUAAAGGAGUAGUCUAGAAGAGAAAGGAUGUUUUCCAGUCUCGUAAACCUAGGCAAUGGAAUGGUUACGCUUUGUCUACUUCGGGGAAUCAAAACGUUGAUUUUAGCGCUUUAAGUCCGCAAAGUUAUCAUAUAUCCACCGGGGAACAGCUCAAAGCCAAACAAUGGGCUAUCUGUAAUCUGUCCAUCAAGAGGAAUCGAAACCCAGAUUUUAUCGUGGCGGCUUAAUAUUAAUUGUUGUGGGAAAAUAAGAAGACUUCUGUCGUGAAAGAGGUGAGAAUGUCUGAGCUGGUCAGAAGAGCAGAAGCUUUGCAAGGUUCUUUGGAAAUUAGAGCAUUUUUGUAAAAACGUAAAACAUAUAGUGUUUCAGAGGACUAAAGCUCAAGCAUCCCGCUAAAGUUGUUUCUGAAAAGUCUUGUAAAAAUGAAAAAUUUCACUGUUUCGGCACAACUGACUUUGUCGUCAUGGUGAUGUCCGUGAAUAAACUUACAGGAACAGAGCAAGAUUACGAGCAUGUGAUAGACCAGCUGCCGUUGUCUGGCAGUGAGAUAAAUCGAGACGAUUGAACGACAAAUAAAAAGAUUAAUUUAUUGUUGGCCUAGUUAUAAUUUCUAUAUCUGUGCCUUAGUUCUGCUGUGAUUCCGCAAAACAUUAAACAACGCCUUGAAAACUAAAACAAAAUAGUUAUUAAAAUCGACAUGUCUGGUUUUAUAAAUGAAACAUUAUUGAUUUGCUCGUUUCAUGUUUAACUUGUAGGAGGCAGUCAAACAAUCGAGUAUGAUACUCAAAAUCUGUACUAAACGUUUAAAUAUUAAUCUACGAAACUUCACAAAAUCAACGAAAAAUAAAACAUUAACUUUUAGAAUGAAUACGAAAACUGUUAAUCAGUAUCUUUGUGCAAGAGGAAAAUUAUGUAAAAGCGUAGAGCUAAUAGAGUGAUGAGAUAACCAGUAAAGUAGACAAGAAAGGAGUACAUUGAUAGCAGUUAGAUCCAAAAACGAACAGUAGCUUGGACGCUCGCUUAUGAUACACCAAACGUACAAAAAACAUGAUGUUUGAAGAAGAGAAAAUUAACACAAAGUCUAAACUUCCUGCCUUGAAAGUCAUGGCGAAGCCGCUCCCACCCCCUGUUGUUGUAAUAACUAGUGAAGCAGAUGUUAAAAGUGAAAAUAAUCUUGAUGAAACUGCAUGUCACGAAUCAACAGCUUUGGAUAUUCUGGCUAAUGGUAUUCGCCAAACAGGAAGUUUUAAUCCUUUAUCAAUGGCGUCGCUACGAACGCAUGCGCAAGAUAGUUUGACUGUCAUUCCAACUGACGGAAAUGAAGAGAAUGAUCUGGAUCAGAAUCAAGAAGAUCCUGGUGAUAUUGAAAAUCAACCUCAAAACGACGUAGCCAGACGUAACUGUUUGACUGAACAAACAAGGAUGACCGGCAUUGGAAUUUUCCUGAUGAUUUUAUUGGCCACUUGCUGGGUAGGGGUGGCUCAUCUGCUCAAAUCCACAUAUGAAAGUAACGUCCAUAUCCGAAUGUUAGUACCAAAUUCUUCAAGUUCUGGUGGUGGUGAGCACGGAAGUUCUGCUACAGCACGUGCACCAACCAUGACGUCAUCAUCCUAUGAUGCUCCAUUUUUUACCACUUGGUUUUGCACCAUGUGUAAUUCCUUUUUCUUCCCGCUUUAUCUGGGAGCAAGAAUUUCCUCACGAAGAGAACCAAUUACAUGCAAGAAAAUACUACAAGGCUGUGUCCAGGGAUUUAGAGAGAAAGGCUUCACCGUUGUCCAGUUUCUCGGACGUUGUGGAUUGUUCUGUUUAUUGUGGGUCAUUACGAACUAUAUGUUUAUCUACUCGCUUAGAAUCCUUGACACCACUGACGUCAUGGCGUUAUAUUCCUCCAACGUCUCCUUUGUCUACUUGCUUUCUUGGGUUGUGUUACAUGAGCAGUUUGUGGGAAUUAGGAUUGUAGCUGUAAUCCUAUGCAACACAGGUAUCGCACUCUUGGCUUACAUGGAUGGCGCAUCUAGAACGCUAACACUAGGGGGCGUUAUCCUAGCAUCAGCCUCGGCCGCUGGUUCGGCUGUGUACAAGGUCUUUUUCAAGAAGUUCAUUGGCGAAGUGACAUUUGGUCAGCUGUCGCUGUUUUUCACUCUCAUUGGUUUAUUUAAUGCUUUUCUAAUGUGGCCCCUCGUCGUUACUUUAUACUUUACCCAUGCCGAAACAAUAUUUUGGAAUCAACUCCCAUGGCCUUUGCUAGGUGGCGCUGCAUUCCUCUCAUUGGUGGCCAAUCUGUUGGGGAAUUUUGGAAUCUUGUGGACGUAUGAACUGUUUCUAACACUUGGACUAGUCUUGGCAGUUCCAGCAUCAGCAGCUAUAGAUGUCCAGGUUUAUGGAGUUGUGUUCAGGGGUAUGAAAUUGGCCGGAGUUCUUCUUAUAAAUAUUGGUUUUCUAUUGGUUCUGUUGCCUAAUAACUGGCCAGAUUACCUUAGCAGGCUGUUAAGAAUGCGAAAGAGAACCUAUAAGAAUAGAAAACCUGGUAAAGAUUCAGAGAUGGAUACCUGCACAGGUAGAAGAUCACGCCUGAGGACACCAAGUGGACACGUGAAAUAACUUAAACAUGUAGCAAAA